UAACAAUUUGUGUCAUGUUCCUACAUAAUACAUACUCAGUAUAAUUUAUCACUUUUUACAGUGGGAAGAAUUGAACAAUACGUUACAGCAGUCUUUAAAAAUGAUUAACAAAUAUCUUACAGUUUUAACAGUCACCUGCAUAAUAUCAAUAAAUGGAAUAUCUAUAUUUGAGGCUGGACCACCGAAACCUACCAAUCAUGCUUUAGUAGCAAGGGAAGUACUUCAUAGUUCUGCAUGGGUAUCGCUUUCGACUAUUUCGACAAUGCCAGACAUCAAGUCGUUCCCAUAUGCAGGUUUAGAAUCCAUCGUGGACGGUAUUGAUGAAAAGGGAAAUGGAGUACCAUACUUCUUUGUCACAGCCUUAGAUCAAGCGAUCCUUGAUAUUCAAGCUGAUAAACGCUGUAGUGUGAUGGCAUCAAUGGCUCAACAGGACUGGUGUGUUAAAUAUAAUCUGGAUCAAGAAGACCCAAGAUGCCAACGUGUUGUAUUAACUGGAAAUUUUGUAUGGCUUGACAACAAAACAGAAGAAUACACCAAGGCCAACGAGAACAUGCUAAGGAAACAUCCCCAGUUUAAAUAUUGGCCAAACGCACACGACUUCACUCUUGCGAAAAUGGAUAUUAAACAAAUCACACUAUUCGACUGGUUUGGUGGAAUAAAAACAAUAGACCUUAAGGAAUAUUUUAAUGCAUACGAUAGCAAUGAAAUUUGAAUGCUUGGAACAGAAUGGGAAUGACAUGAAAUUUAAAUAAACUGUUUUCAUCCUGUAA